GCCUGGAUACCUGGAUCAGUGACGUGGUUCUCCCAGGGCACCCUUGACACCGAGACAGGGUCACUAGACAUGCGAAGGCUCCUCCUCGUCCCCUGCCUGCUGGCUAUGCUGCUGUGGGAGGCAGGGACAGCCCCAGAGCCCCAGGUCCCUGUCAACAUCCAAGUCAAGCAUGGGUCCCACGAGCAGGACACAGAGAAGGCCUGGGGUGCCCGCGCAGUGGAGCCUCCGGAGAAGGAUGACCAGCUGCUGGGGCUGCUCCUUGCAUCCAAGCCCAAGCUCUCAGCCACUGAGGAGAAGCCGCCAGGUGCUGAGGCCAGGCUGGAGACCGAGGACAUCCUGAGCCAUGUCCGGAAGGCCCUGUGGGGUCCUGAGCCGGACCGUGAUGACCUGUACCACCCCCCACCAGAGGAGGACCAGGACGAGGAGAGACCCUGGCUGUGGGCAAUGCCACCUCGCCGGGUCCUCAGAGGGCCAGAGGAGGACCGAGACCACAUUUACCAUCCCGAGUAGGGCUCUGGGGGGUCCUGGCUACACUCCCAUCCUGCACUGAGACCCAGGCUUAGGGACUCUGACCCUCUCUGGCAGCUAGAAAAAUAAACACCUGC